AUGAGCCGCGUACGUACCAAGACCGUGAAGAAAGCCUCGCGAGUCAUUAUCGAGAAGUACUACACUAAGAUCACUCAUGAUUUCCACACCAACAAACGCAUCUGCGAUGAGGUUGCCAUCAUUGGUAGCAAGCAGCUUAGGAACAAAAUUGCUGGAUACAUCACUCAUUUGAUGAAACGAAUUGAGAAGGGUCCCGUUCGUGGUAUUUCCAUUAAGCUACAAGAAGAGGAACGUGAGAGGAGGGAUAACUACAUGCCCGAAAUCUCCGCCGUUGAUGCUUCCGUGAUUGGACAACUCAAAGUUGACCCCGUUACCAAGCACAUGUUGGAAUCCAUGGAUUUCAACCUCCCCAACGUUGUUGUUGACGAGCAGAAGAGCCUAAAGAAGUACUGA